AUGUCUAUGUGGAAAGGGGGAUUGCGAAAGGCACGCUUCUGGAUUGACAAGUGCUGCAUCCGCGCAUUUGUCUGCAUUGAAGAAGCAGCGAGCAGCCAGAAUGACCAGGAGUUCAUGUCCUUGUCCAUCCAGCUCAUUGAGGAGUUCAUGCAGCUCUGCCAUGGAAUGGUCGUGAUCUUUACCUGGUCAUACCUGGAACGACUCUGGUGCGUUUACGAGUGGGCCUGCUUCUUGGUGUUUCACGAGCCCCACGACAUGGUGAUCUGUGCCGAGUCUUUGUAUCGCGCGGGCACGGAGGAACGAUUCCUGGAGUCAGUCCGACGCUUCUCUGUGGAGCAGAGCCAGUGUACUGAUCCGCAUGAUCGGAAAGUGCUCGAGCAAAAGAUCAAAGAGUAUUACGGAUGCUGCGAGAACUUCGAGCGCUUCUUGCGUGUCUCCGUGAUUGCCAUCAUCGGCCGCUGUUUGGCAGCUCGUGGGGCUCGGAACCAAACUGGGCUUUGCAAGUGGAUCACCUUGGCCGACGACUUGGGCUUCCAGGACUUGGCCGAUGGCCUGCGCCUUGCGGAUCCAGCCGCCUGGAGGCAGCAGGCCCUGGACGAGGUGGAAACCAGCCAUUCGGACCUACAGAGCUGCAUCAAGGCACAGAGCGAUGCAUGGUUUGCCGAGCACAUCACCCCCAUCCUCGCCGCCGAGCGCCGGCGUGCUGUUCAGCGAAACGUCUUUCGAAGCAUGCUGCUCCGUAAAAACUACGUUCGAAAGGCACUAAGUGACACCAGCUUCAAACGUCCGACAGCCUUCCACUCCUCCUCCCGGCUGCUUGGAGUCAGACAACUGGCCUCAGCACCUGCUACAGCAUCAUGA